AUGUCCCUCGUGCAGCAUGUCUCUGCACUCGAGGGCGUGGACCACAUCCCAGAACCAGAGCAGCAAGAGACACUCGACGGCACCUACGACGGACUCGAGCCGAUCCACCGCCAGAUCAGCUAUAAUGCCUUUCCGCCGCAUAGCGAGGUGAUCGAGGAUAAGCCUGCGACCCCUCAGUACAAAGUUUCAACCGCGAAGAGAAUAGCCCAGGUUGCCAUCACGAUAUUAGCCUGCUGGUUCGCAUCAGGAGUCGUCUUUGGCUACGCAGCGCUGAAGCCUGUCCUUGUUGCCCAGGGAGUCUACAAAGAUCUAUGUGCAGUGGAGGAUCUCGACGGAGAGUUGGAUACCUGCUACAAGCAGGAGCUCAGGUUGAACCUGUUCUUCACCGUCGGCUCGAUAACAGCAAAUGUGUCGGCCCUCCCGGUCGGGUCCAUUCUCGACCGCUAUGGCUCGCGUGUGUGCGGGUUCGUUGCGUGUGGAUUAUUGACUGCAGGAAGCUUGUUGAUGGCCUAUUCGUUCUCGAACCCGCAUUUCGAUGGAUACAUUGCUGCGAACUUCUUGCUUGCGCUUGGUGGAACGUUUCUCUUCGUGCCCUCGUUCCGGAUCGCGAAUGCGUUUCCGAAAUAUGCGGGGACGAUCGUUGCGCUCGUGACGGGCGCUUUUGACGCCUCUGCUGCGAUUUAUCUAUUCUAUCGGUUAUUGUUCGAAGCGACGGGUGGAAGAUUCACACCUGAUAAAUUCUUCCUGGGAUAUACGCUAGUGCCUGCAUUGAUAUUCCUUGCGUUGAUCACCAUCAUGCCCUCCCGCGACUACCAGACACCUCACCAGCUCGAAGUCAAGCUUGAGAAAGCGGAGGAUUCAACCCGGGAUAUUCACGACUCCGACGAUGAAAUUGAAAGCUAUAAUGAACUUCGUCGAAUUCGAAAAGAGAGAGCCGAGCGGCGCAAGGACAAAGUUCGCAAACUCGAUAAAGUCCUCGGAGACGAAGACGUGCGGAAACAACGCGAACAGCAUGAAGAGGAGCGCCAGGCGGCCAGUGCUGUGUGGGGUGUGCUGCACGGUCAGCCUGCACAUAAGCAGAUGGCCACGCCGUGGUUCGUGCUGAUUACUUUGAUGACUGUGCUGCAGAUGCUGCGCAUGAACUAUUUUAUUGCGACGGUUAGAAAUCAGUAUGCUUAUAUGCUGGGCGAGGAGCGAGGGGUUGAAAUCAAUCACUUCUUUGAUGUUGCCCUACCAGUUGGCGGGGUCCUCUCGACGCCCUUUAUUGGGUUAAUCCUGGACCAUCUCAGUGUCCCGUCCACACUCGCCAUAAUCGUAUGCCUUACCACUGUGAUCGGAAUCCUGAAUUCCAUACCGGCGUUGUGGACAGGCUACCUUACCGUUAUCCUCUUCGUCUUCUUACGCCCAUUCUACUACUCGGCCAUGUCCGACUACGCAACAAAGGUCUUCGGCUUCGCAACAUUCGGCCGCGUCUAUGGAACGAUCAUCUGCUUCUCGGGUCUCGUCAACUUCUCGCAGUACGGCCUCGACGCCUUAACCCACGGCCCAUUCCACGAUAACCCGAUUCCCAUAAACAUCCUUCUCGCAGGCGCGGGAUUCGUCGUCGGCUUUAUACUCGUAGCCUUUGUGGCGACGGCUGAGCACCGGAUUCGAGCGAGGCAACGGGAAGAUGCGGCGGAUGACGAGCAGCGACAACUGUUGAUUCCCGAGGAGAGUGGGGAGGAGGGGGGUGAUUAUGGGUCGUUUCGGUAG